GAUCUGGACGUUGCCACUGCCCGAAGAAAAGGAAAUCAAAGGUCCUAAGAGUGGUAAGAAUACCGGCAAUCAGCAUGAAGUUGGCUGAUAUUCCCCCGGAUGAUUUUUCAUGGAGAAAAUACGGCCAAAAGCCCAUCAAGGGUUCCCCACACCCUAGGGGUUAUUACAAGUGUAGUAGCGUACGAGGAUGUCCAGCGAAGAAGCAUGUGGAACGAGCUUUGGAUGAUCCAACGAUGUUAAUCGUAACAUACGAAGGAGAUCACAACCAUUCACAGUCGAUCACAGACACUCCCGCUUCUCUGAUCCUCGAGUCAUCCUAGCCGUCGGCUGAAUCGAUCGGACGGCGCAGAGAGGGGACGAGGAGCACAAAAGGUCUCAGCCUGAGUGGAAAAAUCAACACCGUCCACGUUUUGGACGGAAGAGGACAAGGAGAUUUGGUCAACGCUGGGUGCAUUAUUAUUAGGUUCCCAUAUGAUUUGUUCUCUCCGUUUAUUCGCCGUUGAAAAAGAUUAAUUUGAAAAGGAAAAAAAAAACAAGUGGGGUUGGAAUUGAAUCAUUGAUAGAAGUGGGACUUUGUAUGCUUUCACAACCAUACGUGUCGUUUGUCUUCUUUAAUGAAAAAAUGUUUGUUUAUGAAUGAAUGUGUUACCCCCUUUUUUAGGAAUACAUGUAUUUCUUUAAGAAAAAAAAAUGUUUUUAGAGAGCACAA